GCGUUUGAUCGUCAGUAUUUGGAAACCCGUUCCGCCAUCUGGUAGGACUGUCUCAGUAGGGCUGCAAAAACAUCGAUUGAACCAUUUGAAGACAUCGAUACUAUCGUUUGUAAACCCAAUGCUCUUGCAGCUCUACUCAGAUAAAUUUUUGAAUUCGAUCGAGACGCAGACGGUUCAGCGCUCGUUAAUUAUUGUUUUCAUUCGCGCUCUUCGCGUUUCGGUUUUACUAUUGUUGCAUUUUAUUUCUCGCUGUAAAAUACAUUCUUUGUUUCCCUGUUUGUUACUCUUUACUCGAAUAUUUUUUUUAAUAGUUUUAAGCGAGUGUUGUUUUUGUUUGUGCUUUAUCCUGGUUCCCACUAACAACACAAAAAGAUACGGAAUUCCUGUACAACAUAAAAUGCGUGUGUAUUAGUGCAGUAUCCGUGCGCUGCUGGUGUGUGUGUCAUGCUGCAAUUGAAAGCCAAAUAAAACAAACAAAAUAAGCAAAAGCGUUGUACAAAAUAAAGAAAAACUUAACCAAGCGACAAAGUAAUGCGAAAAGGCGAUAAAAUAACAGCAAAAGCAAAGCGUGAAGGGAGAAAAAAAACGCGGAAAUGCAGUUGAGCGCAUAAUUUUUAUAAGCCAAGCGACAAACGCACACUUGAACAAAAUAUCAAGAGAAGAAGCAAGAGGGGAAGUAAAUAAAAUUCAAGAACUGAAAAGCAGCAUCGGCGAAAAAGAGAAAGAAGUUGAAGAAGAAGAAGCAGCGUCGCCCAACACAAACACAAAAUAUACCUGCGUGUGUUCUCUCACUCCUCAAAUGUUUGUGUGUGCGAUGCUCUCUAAAGUACACUGAGCAAAAAAAAGGCGGGCACAAAAUGUUGCAGGCCAGCAGCACAGCAAAUACAGUAGACACGUCAAGCACUGAGCACAGUGAGCCCCCGAAAGUAGCCACGCCGGAGGAAAAGUCGCAGCGCCGUCGCUCCACAUUCUACGUGCCCCUGGUGACCGAGGACGAAGAGGAAAAGCGGGACCAGGACCCUUCCGUGCAGAAGUCCUCGAGCAACAGCAGCCUGAGCAGCAACAGCAACUCGCUCCCGAACUCGGAGUCCAAGUCGACCAGGAACUACAGUCUGCGCAAGUCCAGCUCUGUUAAGAGCGGCGUGGCCAAGGUUAGUGCGCUUUUCGAGCGGAAAACUCCCUCGAAAAUGUCGCCGCCUUGCGGAUUCAACUGGAGCAUCAGUGGCAGCGAGACGGCGGGCCAGUACUCCGACUCCGACGAGGACGAGGCCAACUCCUCGGAGGCGCGCCACCGCGAGCAGCUGCUGAAGUCCCUGCCCACGGGCAACAACAACGCCGCCUCCCCGUCGAAGCUGAAGCGAUAUGGCAUCGUGCUGAACGUGAUCAGCUUGAAUGGCAGCGACGGUGAGCAGCAGGCGUCCAUGGGAAGCGCUCCCGCCCUCUCGGCGCCCAGAAGUCACUUCAACGAGGAUAACGACAUAGUCCUGGCCACGCCCCCGCCGCCCAAGCAGCAGGCCCUGUCCGCCCAGGAGGCAAACGAGUACGACGACGACUCGGAGAUCAGUCGCAUGCAGACGAACACUUCGACGCCCAUAAAGCUGAUGAAGUCGCGGUCGCGCACCAACAUUCUGGCCGUACCGCUGCCCUCGGUGGAGCGGGGCUUGGCCACAAAUGCGAAUAACAGUACUAAUAAUAAUACCUCAUCUGUGGGAGCGGGAACAACCACGACGACGACGACGACGACAACGACGACUCUGAUUACGCUCCGUGCCAAAUCGAAGACGCUGCCGCAAAACUUAUCGCCCUCAGUUGUUUUACGCGAGGCAGCCGCCUUGGACGAGCGCGAAAAGAAGCGGGAAAAGCAGCAGGAGAAGCAGGAAAAGCUGCAGGAAAAGCAGCGCCAGCUGUUUGGCGGCAGCACCGCAAGUCAGAUAGCAGGAUCCUCGCCCUACAAGCUGCAGAACAGCUGCUCGGCCACGUCCAUUCUAACACACAGUUUCCCGCCGAAGAACCUUUUUCUCCUGAAGUCCACGCCCAAACUGUCGGCGGAUAUAGCAGCCGUUACGCCCCCGAAUCCUUCUGCGGUCUGCUCGCCGCCCAAGAAGUCGCUCAGUUUCAUUCGUCGGGCUCACUCCACCAAGGUGUCGCGAAAUAACUCCUUGCUGAAACCAAAUCAAGCCUCGGGAUCGGGAACCAAUUUCGCGGCACUGACAAUCAACCAGACAGCCAUGCAGGGAUCCCUGUCCUCCAGCUGCGCUGGGGAUAGUUCGAGCAACAACGGCAGCUGGGGCAAGCACUUCUACCAGCCCUACGACGUGUGCCCCUUGAGUGUGGACGAACUCAACUGCUAUUUCCAGGCCGAUCAUUGCGAGGAGCUCAUCUGCGAGCGCUUCAAGAUCAGGGAUCUGGCCAUACACAUGGCAUCCGCAUCCGCAACAGCUUCGGUUUCCGCAGCUGGAGCGGAUCUCUCGGUGGCCACAGAGAGUGAGACAACGGCGACGGCGACGGCGGAGGACGAUGCGGGACAUCAUUCUGAUACUUCCUACGAGAAGGCGUGCCGCCGCGGAUCAGCGCCCACCACGCCCAUUUUGGGCAGCAAGCAGCACCAGACAGAGCACAAUGCCACCUCGCGUUUCACAAACUUCUUUUCCAAAAAAUCGAAUCCCCUGAAGCGGACCAAGUCGGUGACCAAGCUGGAGCGGACCAAGCGCGGAUCCGGCGGACUGAGGGGAUCCCGCUCGCACGAGAGUCUCUUGUCCAGCCACGCCGUCAUGUCCACCAUAGAUCUCUCAUGCACGGGGGCGGUGGGCGUGGCGCCCGUGCACCAGUCCGUCCUGGGACGGCGGCACUGCUUCCAGGUGCGCGGCGGGCCGCGGGGCGAGCGGUACUACUCGUGCGGGUCGCGCCAGGAGCGCGACCUCUGGAUCUACUCGCUGCGCAAGUCGAUCUCCCCGAACGCGGAGCACACGCGCCGCACGGACAACUCGCUGAAGAUGUGGGUCUACGAGGCGAAGAACCUGCCGCCCAAAAAGCGCUACUUCUGCGAGCUGCACCUGGACAAGACCCUCUACGGACGGACCUCGGUGAAGCUGCAGACGGACCUGCUCUUCUGGGGCGAGCACUUCGACUUCCCGGACAUCCCCGAGAUCAACGUGAUCACCGUGAACGUCUUCCGCGAGGUGGACAAGAAGAAGAAGCGGGACAAGUACCAGUUCGUGGGCUCGGUGAAGAUCCCCGUGCACGAGGUGACCUCGCGGCUGCCGUGCGAGCACUGGUACCCCAUCCUGAGCGACAAGGCGGGCGACAGCCUCGGGCGGAGCUCGAACGGUGGCAGCGGCGGCGGGGGCGGGGGCAGCGGCUCGAAGGAGCACAAGGAGCAGCUGCCCACGCUGCGGAUCAAGUGCCGCUUCCAGAGCACCGACAUCCUGCCCAUCAACGUGUACGCGAACUUCCUGGCCUACCUCAAGGAGAACUACAAGCGGGUCUGCGAGACCCUCGAGCCGGUGAUCGGGGUGAAGGCCAAGGAGGACAUCGGCCAGGCGCUGGUGCUGCUCAUGCACGCGCAGGGCCUCGCGGGCGCCUUCCUCACCGACGUGGUGGCACUGGACCUGCUGCGCGUGGGCGACCAGCGGCUCACCUUCCGCGGCAACUCGCUGGCCACCAAGAGCAUGGAGGCGUUCCUCAAGCUCACGGGGGAGCAGUACCUGCAGGACACGCUCUCCGCCCCCAUCAACGAGCUGAUCCAGUCGGAGCGCGACUGCGAGGUGGACCCCACCAAGGCGAGCGGCUCCUCGGCGGGCUCCCUGCAGCGCCAGCAGGCGGCGUUGCGCGGCGCGGUGCGGGGGGCGUGGCAGUGCAUCUUCGAGUCGCACAAGCACUUCCCCGCCCAGCUGCGCAACUGCUUCGCGACGUUCCGGGAGCGCCUGCAGCAGCUGGGCCGCCAGGACAUGGCCGACAACCUGAUCUCGGCGAGCAUCUUCCUGCGUUUCCUGUGCCCGGCCAUCCUGUCGCCGUCGCUGUUCAACAUCACCAGCGAACUGCCGUCGGCGCGGGCCACUCGCAACCUCACGCUGGUGGCGAAGACCCUGCAGACGCUGGCCAACUUCACCCGCUUCCAGGGCAAGGAGAACUUCAUGGAGUUCCUCAACGACUUCCUCGAGCAGGAGGCCGCGCGCAUGCAGCAGUUCCUCGAGAUAAUUUCGACGCGGCCGGAGCACCCCGCCCCCGACUCGAUCCUCGACUGGGCCGGCUACAUCGACCAGGGCAAGCAGCUGUCCAUCCUGCACAGCCUGCUCAGCGAGAGCCUGGCCAAGCUGCCGGAGGCCAGGCAGCACGAGCUGGUCCCCCUGCAGCACAUCCUGGACGAGAUCAGCCGGGCCAAGGAGCACGGCCUGGGGAUGGCGCUGCCGGGCGGCUAUCUGCCGGCCACCUCCUCCACGCACUCGAUAGCCAGCGAGAACCAGGAGAACCGCCACCCGGGCUGCGCCGCCCCGCACGCCAGCUCCGCCAAUCCGGAGCAGUUGCUGCCCCAGCAGAGCCAGCUGGCCCAGCCGCAGCACGCGAUCGUCAGCAAGCCGCUGUCCGCGGAGCGGGGCAUCAUGAGGGGCGUGCUCACGCCGAACUCCCUGGAGAAGAACAUCUUCAGGUACAACGAUCCCACGGUGAAUGGCCUACUGCAGCAGCAGCAGCAGCAGCAGCAACAGCAGCAGCAACAGCAACAGCAGCAGCAGCAUCCACUGCAGCUGCUCUCCAACUCGCAGACCUCCAUUGCCAGCAUCCAGUACAUGAGGUCGCCAGGAGGCGGGCUGCAGCAUGCCCAAUCGCAGACCUCCAUGGCCUCCUCGCUAAACGAGAGCAGCAGCAACCUGGUGCACGGCCACCAGCAACACGGCCACGGCCACCAUCCGCAGCAGCAGCAGCAGCAGCAGCUGCACCCGCAUCGCUGCCCACCGGCGCCGCAGACGAGUGCCUCCAGCACCAUGGAGCGGAUGGAUCGCGCCAACUACCCGUACGCCGCGCACAACGGCAACGGGAACGGCAAUGGCAAUGGCAAUGGCAACGACUACGAGGCUAGCACGCCGUCGAGCACUCGUUCCAGGACACUGCCACGAAACGGGAAUCCCAAGGGAAGUGGCAACAUGGCCAGCAUGGGCAGCAAUAACAACCAGAGCGGCAGCUACGACGACAUGCACGGGGAGUUCCAGAUCCAGAUCUCCGGGCUGGACACGAGCAGUGCCUUUGUCUGCAAGUCGCCCACGCCCAUGAUGAAGUCCAGCCUGGGACCGUCGGGCGGUGCGGGUCGGGGCCACCACAAGCUGAAUUUGGGCAUACCCGAUCACUCGGGUGGCUAUGUGCGGGGCAACAACCUGAACCCCAACUCGAAUAUGCCCAAGAACCUGGAGGAUCUCGACGACCUCUUCAAGUACGCCGAGGAGCACGACGUGGCGGAGCAGGCGGGCCUCCACCACCUUCACAGCCAGGGCCACCAGAGCCACCCGAGCCACCAGAACCAGCAGGGCCACCUGAAGCCAGCCGCCGUGCCCGGCAAGGAGCAGCUGUCGGCGAAGAGCAGCCACUGCAGCUCCGGCUACCAGAGCAUCUCCACGAACCCCUCGCCCUCGCAGUCCUCCAGUCCCGUGGAGAGCCAGCUGAAGGCCGCGAUGGGCAGUCACAACGCGCCGCUAGCCUUCAAGAAUCCCUCCUACCAGCUGCAGCCCCAAUCCGGUUCGGCGCGCUCCUCAGCUCCCAGUAAUCCCCACCAGCAGCAUCAUCCGCAGCAUCAGCAGCAGCAGCAGUUUGGAAGCCGGCUGAAACCGAUUGGAGGGGGACUGGUGGCCGCCAGGGCAGCCUUUCUCAACAGCGGAGGAGCCCUGGAGGCGGCCACUCUCACGCCCAGUUCGUCGGACGAGCAGCUCUCGGGGGACAACUACUUCAGCUACGCAGCGGCGGCGGCAGCGGGAGCCGGCAUGGCCACCAAGCUGGAGGCCCAGCGCUCGCUCAGCGGCGGCAGCAGCUCCUCGACCUCGGCAUCCGCCUCCACCUCGAAUCUGGGCAAGAGCACCGGCCCCUCCGCGUACGGGCGGCUGAACGGGCCGCUCAAACGGGAGGAUGUCUACGGCAGUGGCUACGGUGGCGGCGGCAACGGGGGCUACAGUGCUGCCGGCGGGCAACACCCACUUGCUCAUCAGCAGCAGCAGCACCACCAGUUGCAGCAGCAGCAGCAGCAGCAGCGGGAUCACCGGGAUCGGGAUCGGGAGCGGGAACAGGAGCUGAAGCAGUACGCGGACAGCGUGACGGGCAGCGUGGGAUCGGCCACCUCGGCGGCCCAGCGGCGUCUCAGCUUGGACUCGGCGCGCACGCUCUCCGACAGCAGCACGGACACCGAGGGACACUGCAACCAACUGCAGGAGGGCAAGCGACGCAGGCAGCUGCGCAGCAGUGGCGGCAGCAACGGAGGAGGAGCAGGAGGAGCGGGCUCGGAGGGAUUGGGCAAGGGCUACGACCAGAACGGGGAGAUACAGCUGCUGCAGCAGACGCUGGACUCGCUGCGGCACACCCUCGACCGGGAUGAGGCGGAGCUGCGCGACUCCAGCGACGAGCUGUUCGGCCUCCAGCGGCCAGUGGGCAGCGCCGGCAGCAGCGGGUCCAACAAUCUCAGCUUGCAGUCGGAGUCCACCAUGCGCAGCAUCAUCGACAGUUUCUUGCAAUCCUCCUGCAGACUGAUCACCAUGGAAGAGGAGCUGCGCCGCGAGCAGCUGAAGAUGUCACUCGCCCUGUCGCACAAGCAGCGGGUGAUCGAGGAGCAGGGCCAGCAGAUCGCGGCUCUGGACGCGGCCAACAGCCGCCUGCUGAGCGCCCUGACCGCCCUGCGCCAGCGCUACGAGACGCAGCAGCAGCAGCAGCAGCAGCAGCAACAGCAGCAGCAGCAGCAGCAACAGCAGCAGCAACAAGCACCACCAAAGACCCAGAAGCCACAGUAAGCGGAUGGGGGAAGAAGGGCGGAGAUCGAAGGAGGACUAGGAGGAGACCGCGACCUCGGAGGAGGAGGAGGAGGAGGAGGAGGAGGAGGGGACUUUGACCUAACCAACUUUACUGACAGGGGCAUCUUGUCGAACACAAAAUGCGAACAUGUGGACACCGUCGCGGUUUCGUCCUGGGGAUACCUUUUUGUUUAUUUUUUUUAGCUAUUUUUUUUGUAUGCUACAUAAAUUAUACUACAUGUUUAAUAUAUAAUUACACAACAAAUAUACAUUAUAAAUAACUUCUCAAUCUAUGUUUGAAAACAACAACAUGUGAAAAUGCUUAACGCAGUAAGCCACUCCGCAGAAGAUCGGAAUGAACAAGAACAAGUUAAGAUAAUGAAUUAAAUUAUAACCAAAGUUAGACAAAAAA